GUUUUCGUCCUAUUUUACCGCGUAAUUCGAGGAUCACUUCGACAUAGUACUUUUCCAGCACGCCACGUUGAAAUAUAGAACUUUUUGAUCGAACAACUGAUCUUGGUAAAAAUGGCCUCUGCAAAUGCCUUUGAGAACGACUUCCCUCGUCUCAAACAACGACUUUCUGAAAAUGAUCCUGAGAUCUACGAAAUUCUGAAGAAAGAGAAACAAAGACAAAUAAAUGGACUCGAGUUGAUUGCUUCAGAAAACUUUACCAGUCAAGCCGUCAUGGAUGCUUUGGGAUCGUGUAUGACUAAUAAAUACUCAGAAGGACAGGUUGGACAGAGAUACUAUGGUGGAAACGUGUUUGUUGAUGAGAUGGAAAMGUUGUGCAAGAAACGCGCUUUGGAGGCCUACAGACUUGACCCAGAGAAGUGGGGAGUUAAUGUACAAGCCUACUCUGGAUCACCAGCUAACUUUGCUGUUUACACUGGUCUUCUCAAACCUCAUGAUAGAGUGAUGGGUCUUGAUCUUCCAGAUGGUGGCCAUCUUACCCAUGGUUUUAUGACAGAUAAAAAGAGAAUAUCAGCUACCUCAAUCUAUUUUGAGUCCAUGCCAUACAAGACAGAUCCAAAGACUGGUUAUAUUGACUAUGACAAGYUGGCUGAGUCUGCAAGAUUAUUCCGUCCAAAAAUGAUCAUUGCUGGAGUAAGYGCUUACCCUCGGCACUUGGAUUAUGCAAAGUUUAGAGAAGUGUGUGAUGAAGUUGGUGCAGUCCUUUUUGCUGAUAUGGCCCAUAUUAGUGGAUUGGUAGCAGCUGAUGUUGUUCCUGGUCCUUUUGAAUUUGCUGAUGUUGUUUCUACWACAACACACAAGUCUCUGAGAGGACCAAGAGCUGGAAUGAUAUUCUAUCGUAAAGGAAUCAAGGGCUAYAAGAAGAAUGGUGAUCCUAUUAAGUACGACAUGGGACCAAAAAUAGAUUUUGCAUUGUUUCCUGGACUCCAGGGGGGUCCUCACAAUCACCAGAUUGCAGCUCUAGCCUCAGCUUUGAAACAAGCAAAUACUCCUGAAUUCAAGGCAUAUGCACAACAGACCCUGGAUAACUGCAAAGCAUUGGCUAAAGUGCUGAUGGAGCGUGGGUACAAAUUGGUUACUGAUGGAUCAGAUAAUCACCUUGUGYUKCUUGAUCUUAGACCCAAGGCAAUUGGUGGGGCRCAAGCAGAGAAAAUCCUUGAAGAGAUUUCAGUUACAGUAAACAAGAACACUUGCCCUGGAGAUAAAAGUGCACUCCAUCCUGGUGGACUCCGGAUUGGAGCACCGGCUCUCACUUCACGCCAGUUCAAGACAGCAGAUUUUGAAAAAGUUGCAGAUUUCAUUGAUCAAGGGAUCAAACUUGGUCUUGAGAUACAAGGUGUUUCUGGGACUGACUUCAAAAAGUUCCUCGAGACUCUGAAAGUUGAUCCAUUUACAACCAAGAUAUCUGCUCUUCAAAAGGAAGUCGAAGAAUUUGCAGGAAAAUUCCCCAUGCCUGGCAGUGACAUCUUUUAAAAACAAAGUAAAGUGACAAUUAUUAUGGACUAUUAUAUGGAAAUGGAAUGGAAUUCUUUUGUUGGUCUAUUACAUUUGUAUGGCUACAAUUAAUCAUAGUUAAGGAAAGCAAAAAAGACAGAAAUUUAUGUAAAUCAAUGUCUUAAAAAUGAACAGAGUAUUGAAAACGGGUUAUUUACGACAGUAUUAAUCUUGUGAUAUGAAAUAACUAGGUAGAAUUCAUGAUGUGGUUUCCAAGAGAAUAAAAGAGAAAAAGGGUUUUUUGUAAA